CUCAGGGCCAUGGACCAGACACAAGAAGGCGUGGAACAGGUAUAAAGAGAGACAACUAUGUUAUCUCAUGUUCAGACCUGACGCAGCUGCUUUCCCUCUACAGCAACAAGCCCUUCAGGACGUCUCCCAGAUGGCGUACUCCACCGGCACUCUCGCUCAGGGCUGUUUUGGGAAGGUCUACAGGGAGAAAUACAACGACACCUGGGCUGCCAUAAAGAAGGUCCCCCACCAGCUAAUCAGUAAGAAGGACCUGGAGAGAGAGUGUGAAGUGUACAACAAGGCAAAUCAUCCCAACAUAGUGAAGCUUCUGGGAAACAUAAAUCUCAAAGACGGGAAAUGGAUCAUUCCUCUGGAGUUCAUCUUUGGAGAAGACCUGGAGACCACCAUCUUCAAAGCGUCAAAGUCUAAAAUACAGUUGACUCAAGCUAAUAAAGGAACUAUCAUAAUCGGCAUGUGUGAGGGGCUGCUUCACCUCCACUCCAAAGACAUUGUCCAUCAAGACCUCAAGCCUGAAAACAUCAUGGUGGAACAUAACACAAACAGAGCGGUAAUCAUUGACCUGGGACUAGCCAAGUUCUUCCGACAUGGUCUCAACUCUGCCGUGGACAUGGGGAACGAGGCCUACUCAGCCCCUGAGGUGCUGCGGAGGUGCCACCAGCGGGACCAGCGCUCAGAUGUGUGGGCCAUGGGUAAGAUCAUCGCUGAGCUCUGUGCCCGGAUUCGGCUGUACACACCCAGCGUUUGCCCCGCCAAGAUCAAGGAGACCCUGAACGAUCAGCCGUACUGCCAAGCCGUGUGUAGGAUGGUGGAGCCCGACCCUUCCCUGAGGGCAUCCAUGGGGGGGGUCAUUAGUGACAUCCGAAGGGCCGGAGGUGCAGGCAUCGUCACCCGUACACCUAUUCAAAGAGAGCUCUUAAAGCCACCUGCACCCCAUCUUAAUGCCAGAAAUCGAUCUCCGUCACCAUUGAACAGGGAUCCAUCUCCACAGAAAAGAGAUCUAUCGCCAAUGAGGAGGGCGCCGUCACCGUUCAACAGGGAUCCAGCACCAUUAAACAGGGCGCCAUCACCGUUCAACAGGGAUCCAGCACCAUUAAACAAGGCGCCAACACCGUUCAACAGGGAUCCAGCACCAUUAAACAGGGCGCCGUCACCGUUCAACAGGGAUCCAGCACCAUUAAACAGGGCGCCGUCACCGUUCAACAGGGAUCCAGCACCAUUAAACAAGGCGCCAACACCGUUCAACAGGGAUCCAGCACCAUUAAACAGGGCGCCGUCACCGUUCAACAGGGAUCUAGCACCAUUAAACAGGGCGCCGUCACCGUUCAACAGGGAUCCAUCCCCUAUGCACAGGUCUCCAUCACCACUACUAAAAGCACUGCAAGAAGACAAGAACAAAAACCAGGCUCUGGUCCCGACAGGUGGAACCGACCUCAUGCAGGAUUUCAUGAAGAUGAGGCUCUACCAAGAGGCAGCCAAGGACCUGCCCUGCAACCUGCCUACAACAGGGAGGGUGGUGGUGCGGCGCUUUGAGGAGAAAAAUGGGGAGGUGGAAACAUGGGAGCAGAAGGAGGUUGUGACACGUGGUGGGAAGAUAAUUAAGUUUGACGAUGUCAAGUUUAAUGGCAAAAAUAAGUAAGAGUUUAAGUUUUUGUUAAGAGAUUGCAUGUGCUGGGUGAUUGGUUUGUUCAGGGUCACCUUACUUUGUGUAUCUUCUUUGGAGAAAAUGUAAAAAUGCAUUUCAAUUCAGUAAACUGAGAUAAUGCUACUGUAGGCAACCUGUUUCUGGCACAGAUAUAGGACAAACGUAGAAACAUAGAAAUACAUUAUGGUAGUAAGAAGCUGUAUUAAGAGAACAUCUGGAAAUGACUGCAUGUCUGCAUGCAACAACCCUUUCUCAGUGUUUUUCAGCAUCUGAAUAAGUAAGACUGUGAACAUGGCUCAUACAAUAUGUGAAUAUUUUUGUAUACAAAUAAAUUCUGAAAGGUCUGUUGCAAUUGCAGAAAUUGAUUUUGUCAUUUGUUUAUUAAACUUUUUUUUAAA